AUGUUGCAGCAAAUCCUGCGCGACAUGUGGGUUGACCCGGAGAUCCUCGCGGAACUCGACGAGACCCAGAAGCAAACGCUCUUCUGCAAGAUGCGCGAGGAACAGGUGCGUCGUUGGCAGAUGUGGGAUGAGAAAGUGAGCAAGGAGGAAGUUGAAGGUCCCAGAGUCCAGGCUGCUGGCAAAAAGCAGGUCCAGUUCCUCAAAGGCGAGGAUGGGGAGCCCUGGGUAUGGGUCAUGGGUGAGCAUCCGGACGACCGUUCCAUCGAGGACAUCCUGGCGGAGGAAGCCAAGCAGCGCGCUCUGAUGCAGGCGAGGCAAGAGGCCCACCAGCUGAGGAAGUCCGUGGAGAAGGAGCUCACUCAUCUUAUCGAAUAUCAGCCACUGGAUGCGUUAGAACAGAAGUUCGAUUUAUCACCAAAAAAUGUGGACUCUCUAGAAGAUACCCUAGACCUGUACUGCACGGUGGACGAGUUGAGAGCGAGGAUCGAUGAGAUGGGACCCGAGGUGACGUCACCCAAGGAGCUGGAGAAAGCCGAGUACGAAGACAGCAUCAAACUCGACCUGAGCAAGAAUACGAUGCACUUCAACUUUAUCGAGGGCAAGCGGGAAGUCAGAGAUGUCUUGCAGGAGGCGGGCAUGGGUCUGACGGACGGCGUGGGACUGCGGGUGGCCGCGUGGGAGAGGCGUGUUGCCGCCGCGAGGGCUGGCGACAUACUGCGCGGCCUGCGGGCUCGCAGGGCUCGCACCCUGAGGGACGCGCAGCGCACCACGCAGCAGAUGGACGCCGUGUGGCGCGAGCAGGAGCGCAAAGCCAAGGAGGCAGAGGCGGCCAUGCGGGAGAUCGCCCGCGCCGCCAGAGAGGCCCACCGUCUCAGCACAGACAUAGACACAACCCCUUGUCCCACUCAAGCGGGAAAGCCCCCGAAUCGCGAAGCAGUUGUGGAAUGGUUCAAAACCCACGAGCUGAAGAAGGGCGUCGGAUUUGACGAGAACAACAAGCCAGUGGACUGGUUCCACGGUGUCAUCUCCCGCUCGGAGGCGGAGCGGCUGCUCGGUGGAAAGGAGGUGGGCAGCUUCCUGGUGCGCGUGUCGGAGAGGGUGUGGGGCUACGCGCUCUCUUACCGGGCGGAGUCGCGCUGCAAGCACUACCUCGUGGAGGUGGAGCGCGGCUACCGCCUGCUGGGCGCCGCCAGCCUGGUGCACGGCUCCCUGGCCGACCUGGUGAAGUACCACAGGACGGUGGCCCUAACGGAGAGCGGUGGUGAGCUGCUCACCACCGCUUGCCCACCAGAGCGGCCGCCGGUCUUC